AUGGAAAGUCCUAGAAUAUGCUACUCCAAUGGAAAGGUAGUGUUAGCAGAACCCGAAGUUCCCUUACUUCUGCAGAAUUUACUUUCUAGUCAAGACAAUACCUUAAAGAAUUUUCACGACAAAAUCCAUCUUUACAAUUCGGCAUUUACCUUUGCUUCUGUUGGUAUCAGGUUCGAUCAUAAGCUCACCAAUAUGAAAUCCGGUAUCUACACCUUUCAUGUUCAAGGCUCAUUCUACCACCGGAUUGAUUUGCUACUGCCAGAGUCCAGUUCCGAACCUCAUUAUCUACAGAUGUAUAUAUGGGACACUCAGAACGAGCUGCACCAUCGAACAAACAUCAUUCCUAAUUCCAACCUUAAUCCAGCUAUCGUUCAAGCUCUGAAGGAAAUGUUUGGCGAAGUGAAUCCAUAUGUUAUUAAUCUUCGAUACAUUUCCAAAUUACAUGUAAAAGAUAUUGCAAAUCUAAUUAUGCUUAUUCACACAGACAUUCCCGGACUUGAUCAAAGGACUCAUAAUGUCCCAACAGCUCCGCAAGUAAAAGGGGCCAAAAAUUAUAAGGAACUAAAGGUGGUAGAUAAUGUUUUAUGUGCCACUUUCAAGGAAAGUGCUCAACACAGAGGUUUCCUAGAGAAUGAUGAUGAGCACCGACAGUGCAUGGCUGAAGCUAGGGAAUUUCAGAUGUCUAACCAACUACGCAAUCUAUUCGCAACGUUAUUAGUCUUUGGAGAUAUUGCAGAUGACUUUGCAUAUAGAGGGAUUCCAGAGGAUCAACUUCAAAUUCAAGCAGUCCUUCAAAGCCUGAACAUAUUUUUACAAAGACAUAUGAAGACUGUGGCAGAUUAUGAUUUACCAGAAUUAUUUCUGGAAAUAAAUAUUGGGGAACUGCCGAGAAUACUUCUAGAAAAAUCAUCCUAUCACAUUACUCCAGAAGAUCUUGCCAAAGCAAAUAUGUUAAAUGAAGCCCAACGUGUGGUAUUUGAUGAG